UGGGAUCUCCAAAACAGAAAUCUAAUGAGUUUCAGUUAUCUUUCUCUGGAGAAUCUAAAUCAGAUUCCACCAUUCAGUGUCACCUGCCUCCUGAAAUCAGUGCUGUUGAUAUGGAGAUCAGAUGGUUUAAGGAAACAGACUGUGUAUGUUUCUAUAAGAACAGACGGUUGAUAUUGGGGGAGAGUUAUGAAGGCAUAAUGAGUCUAUGCACUGAGGAGCUGGAGAGAGGAAUUGUGUCCAUACGGCUGAAGGAUGUCAGAGAAUCACAUGCUGGUGAUUACCUGUGUCAGGUCACCAGUGGAGACAGGACAGCAGAGAUAACAAUAAGGAAAUCAUUAAAGGCCCAUGGAGAUCAUAAUGAAAUGCCUCUACAAACAACAACAUUAUCGACUGAACAGAUCGACAAAACAUGGACUAAUGAGGAGAGAAUAAAAAUGGCAAAUUCUGCUUUAUUGGCAGUUUUCAAUAAGCUAGAAAAAACAGCUCCACCAAAGGAAGAUCAUCAGGGCAACAAGGCUACAGUGCCACAGGCAGCAAAAGAGGAAAAUAUAAGCGGACGUAUGAAUGAGAGCAUGAAUUUCGAAGAGAUAGAGAUGGAAACCAGUACCGAAAGGUUCAUCACUGACAUUGCUAGGAAACAACAAACCUAG